GCCGGCGAGGGGCGGGGCUCGCCCUAGGCUGCUCCGGAGGGGCGGCGGCGGAGGCGUGGAGGCGGCCGCGGAGGCUGCAUCCCGGACCCAGCCAGGGAAGGAGUGACGGGGGCGGGGCGGGAGGGCACCGGCGGCCGGCGGGGCGCCUCAGGCCUCGCGUCCACCUGUCCGGCCGCACGCUCUCCCCUGGGUCGGCGGGGCCUGCGCCGGCCCGGACCCAUGGCGGCGUCGGCGGCUCUGUCGGCGGCGGCGGCGGCGGCGGCCCUGUCGGGCCUGGCGGUGCGGCUGUCGCGCUCGGCGGCGGCCCGCGGCUCGUACGGCGCCUUCUGCAAGGGGCUGACGCGCACGCUGAUCACCUUCUUCGACCUGGCCUGGCGGCUGCGCAUGAACUUCCCCUACUUCUACGUGGUGGCCUCGGUGAUGCUCAACGUCCGCCUGCAGGUGCGGAUCGAGUGAGCGGGCGCCGCCGCAGCCCCCGCCGGAGGGUCCCGCGCACCGGGCCGCGCCGGGCAGGGGCGCCGGCAUGGAGGACGGCCGGCGGGACGCGGCGGGGGCAGGAGGCGGGGCGGCCCGGGCCCCCGGGCCCUAGACUUCCGCGGGGGGGCGCCGGCCACCCGGCCGCCCAGCCACCCGGCCGGACCCCGGCCACGACCGGCCGCCCGCCCGCGGCGUGGCCGGUGACCUAUUGCACAGAAACUCUGCAAACGGGCCCUUACUGUCGGGCUCGAGGGGAAAAAACCAAACAAACCAAAAAACGAUUCGAGGGCUGCCGACCUGUUGCCUCACGUUGGCCAGAGCCCGGGAAGCCGCAAGGAAAAAUUCUGCAGCAGGGACUUGACUGGCCCCGAUCCACAAGGAACCAGUGUUUGUAGGUGGUGACCCACCCCUUCCGUGGCCUUGUCGAGAGACUGCAAUCCCUGCCCAGAGGCGGCCCCUGGGCCCAGUGCUGCCUGGGGAGCUGCUGGGCAAAGGGCCUAGCCCGGGAGGAGAGAAAGGACCUUCCAGGCAGAGGCACCGGCUGCUGGGGUAGCCGGUGGUCCCGUUCUGGCAUGGGGAAAGACGUGACCCUGUCACCUCAGCGCUGCAUCUCCUAGCAACGACACUUUGAGGGCGUUCUGCGCUCCCCACCUGAUGAUUGGAAGAGCUGGCUCUGGGACUGGGAGAGAUGUGUCCUUGUCCUACAGAUACAAAGGAGUGGGGCUGAAUCUGCGCCCCGUCUUUGAGAAAAUCUGGCUCUGUGGGGGAGGGGAGUUCAAGGCCCCCCUGGGGGACGUAGGGGGAGAGAACGAGGUCCAGGGUAGGGAAUGUGGGGAACCGGCUCUUCUUGGGGUGGUGUGGGAGGCCCCAGGGAAGACCGUCAGAGCUGAGAUGGACACAGGGGAGAGUCCUAGAAUGCCUUGCAGAGCGGAGGGCUCCACCCACAGAGCCUGGCCUCCCCUGCCACCCCACCCCAGGCUGGACCAAGAGCUCCUCGGCAGCUGGGUGGCACGGGCCUCUCGGUUUGGGUGGCAGAGUGGGGGUGGGGUGGUGGCAGGGCCCCUGGGCACAGGCUGGAACCAGGAGGGUGAAGGGAUAAACCUGAGAUGGGUCCCCGGGCUCGUCACCCCCCAGUCUGGGAUCGGGCCAGAGAACGUCCUCUGGAUGGGCUUGGAUUGGCCCUGAGGCCCCAGAUGUGCGGCUCCUUGGCCCACCGGGAUGGCCAGCCAUGGCCUCAAGGGGGCCAGGAAAGACCCCGGUCCCCCAGCCACUCUGUCCCCAGUUGCUCUCGGUCCCCAGGCUCCAAAUUCCUGGGACUGAAAACCGAAGCAGUCUGUCCAGCCCCAGGGACAGAGUGGCCCUGUGUCACCCUUCUGCCCUCCUUAGUCGCCCUCUAGAGGACGGGUCCUGAGCGAAGAGCUCUGCCUGCCUCACCCCGGGGACCGAGGCCCAAUGAGGCCACCAUGUGUGCCCUGCAGCUUCCCACAGACAGGGUGUGAUGGCUCUCACCUCGUGCCAAGGGUUCUGCGGUCCCGGGUCCCGGUGGCACCUCCUGUACCCCAAUCCUCUCCACCCAGCACCACGUCUGGGAGCCUGCCGGCCUGCCGACUCCAUCCACAGAUGGGACAGCGUGCGAGAGCCCCGUGGGGCCUACCUAGGGCUGAUCCACAGAUGUGCCCCUUGCAAGGCCCCGUCUCACCCUCAGGGUGACUCGCUCCCCGGCUGGGGCUGCCUGGGGCCUGGGAAUCCUCUUCCUCACAGAGAGAGGGGGAAGCCUCAGGGCCCUGCCCUGAGACCCCUGCCCUGUGGGGCACCCCAGCCCAUGCCAGCCUGCCCCGGGGGCCCAGGAAGUCUCAGCAGGGCCCCUGAGGGACUGGUCAGGGGCUGCACUUCUUCGGCCUGUGGUCCUGCCCCUGCUUUUCGGACAGGAUUGGCCUUAAGUAGGGUUUGGUCUUGAGUACUUAUCGAGCUGCACCCCCCACCCCCGCCCGCACUGGGCCCUGGCUGCCUGACAGGCUCUCCAUGCACUUUAUUUAUUUGCAGUCUGUGUUCCAGACAGCAGAGCUUCUGCAAAAUCCGAGACACAGGCUGAAGAAGAUGACUGUCCCUUUCCUGUGUGUGAUUCACUGUCCUGGUCAGCACGGGCUGCUCAGAGAAAUGCUCGCGUUCCUGCUGUUGUCAAAUCUUGUCCCUCUAAGUUAAAAAGAUACACCCCUCCCUGAGUUCAAUAAAAUCCAGUCAAAUUGGA